AUGGCUUUGGAGGUCACGGUGAGGUUAGAGGGUAAAGGUUAUUCACCCAGCAUCCUCGAGUGUCGAAUACACAGCCAUCUUGGAUCUGCGAGGAGAAGAGAAAUUAAUGCGGUGACAAACAGCAUGUUUAGUGCUACGAGAAAGAAGUUUGUAGAGGGGGUCGAAAGUGACUACCCCGAUGAAAGUAUGUACUACGGCCAGCCGUCGAUGUUCCCACAUCGAUCAGACAAAGACAUGCUGGCAUCUCCGUCACCAUCAUCAUCAGGUCAAUUGUCCCAGCUUGGUGCAAGUUUAUAUGGGCCACAAAGUGCACUAGGCUUUUCCAUGCGGGGCAUGAGCAACCCCCCCCAGCUAAACCGCAGCUUAACACAGGGUUCUCAGCUACCGAGCCACGUAACCCCGACGACGGGCGUCCCCACAAUGUCCCUGCACACUCCGCCCUCGCCAAGCAGGGGGAUCCUGCCCAUGAACACGCGGAACAUGAUGAAUCACUCCCAGGUGGGGCAAGGCAUGGGGAUGAGCGGCAGGACCAACAGCAUGAGCAGCUCAGGGCUGGGCAGCCCCAACAGGAGCUCGCCCAGCAUCAUAUGCAUGCCAAAGCAGCAACCGUCCCGACAGCCCUUCACCAUCAACAGUAUGUCUGGGUUUGGAAUGAACAGGAAUCAGGCAUUCGGGAUGAACAACUCGUUAUCGAGCAACAUCUUCAACGGAACAGACGGGAGUGAAAACGUGACGGGACUGGACCUGUCGGACUUCCCGGCGCUGGCAGACAGAAGUCGAAGGGAAGGAAGUGGCAACCCGACGCCGUUACUCAACCCGCUGGCUGGGAGAGCUCCGUAUGUUGGGAUGGUCACGAAGCCGUCGAAUGAACAGUCCCAAGACUUCUCCAUACACAACGAGGACUUCCCCGCACUGCCAGGCCCCAACUACAAGGACCCCACGUCGAGCAAUGACGACAGCAAAUCGAAUUUAAACUCAUCAGGAAAAAAUGCAUCAAGCACAGAUGGGCCCAAAUUCCCAGGAGACAAGAGCUCAACGGUGCAGAACAACAACCAGCAGAAGAAAGGGAUCCAAGUGUUACCUGACGGACGGGUGACGAACAUUCCCUCCGGGAUGGUAACAGACCAGUUCGGGAUGAUCGGGUUGUUAACCUUCAUCCGGGCGGCGGAGACGGACCCAGGGAUGGUGCACCUGGCGCUUGGCAGUGACUUGACGACACUUGGACUCAACCUCAACUCACCAGAAAAUCUGUACCCCAAAUUUGCAUCCCCCUGGGCAUCAGCGCCUUGCCGACCUCAAGACAUCGACUUCCAUGUUCCAUCUGAGUACUUAACCAACAUUCACAUAAGGGACAAGCUGGCUGCAAUAAAACUGUCUCGUUAUGGAGAAGACCUGCUGUUCUACCUGUACUACAUGAAUGGAGGAGACCUCUUACAGCUGCUAGCGGCAGUAGAGCUUUUCAACCGUGACUGGAGGUACCACAAGGAGGAGCGAGUGUGGAUCACACGGGCGCCGGGCAUGGAGCCCACAUUAAAGACCAACACCUACGAGAGGGGAACGUACUACUUCUUUGAUUGUCUUAACUGGAGGAAGGUAGCUAAGGAGUUUCACCUGGAAUACGACAAGCUAGAAGAAAGGCCUCACGUGCCAUCGACCUUCAACUACAACCCAGCUCAGCAAGCCUUCUGAAAGACUUCCCUGUUCAUGGGGUAUGGCUGUCUCAGCACGUCGCUUACUGAAACAGCAGGCACUGACGUGACUCAGGCAUCCUGGUUUUUAUUCCUUGAAGAUCUGGCAAAUUGACUUAGGCGGAGGGGGGUCACCGUUUUUGGGGUCCUGCCUUACGAAUUUUCGUGCUGCCCAAACACCAACCUUGUUCCUUUUUUUUUUUUUUUUUUU